AUUGACAGGAGCAGGAUCGUGGAGUCGAGCAUCGGAGCUCUGAUCGGCCAGAGCGAGGAAAGCUGCAGGAGCAGGCACUUUGAAGUGAACUUCUUGGGAGAGGAGGGGACUGGCACCGGCCCACAGAGAGAGUACUUUGCAGUCGCCUCGAAGAAGUUUGUGUGUGAAGAUUACGGGCUGUUCGGCCUGAGCUCGGGCACGAGAGUGUACCACCCUCUAGCGGGAGACUUCGGGAUGUUUGCCUUCGGCAGGCUGCUCGGCCUUGCCAUCCGUCAUCAGAGCCUGGUAGACGUGAAGUUCAGCAGAGCAUUCCUGCGAAUGAUUGUGGGAGGGAAACUUGAAUUGGAGAUGCUCGAGGAGAUCGAACCAGAUCUCUACCGCAACUUGUGCGCGCUGAAAGGGCACCAAGACCACGAGGCCAUGGACCUUGACUUCACCAUCUUGACUGACUACCAACCCAGCAAGCAGAAGGUGGAGUUGAUGGAGAAUGGAGAGAACAUCAAAGUGGACAGCACUAACAUUGAGAAGUACGUCGAACUCUACAUCUUGUACAAACUUCGCGAUGGUGCCAAGAAGCUGAUGGACAGGCUGCUACAUGGGUUCUUCGAGGUCGUGCCCAAGCCUGCCAUUCGAAUCUUCUCCGACCAAGAGCUCGACCUCCUCCUUUGCGGGCUCCCCAAGAUAGACGUGGACGACUGGCGGCGAUGUCAGGGCGAGCAGCUUUGUGAGACUAGCCAGCUCUCUCUGUGGUUCUGGGAGUUUGUCUGCUCGAAGGAGGAAGCUGAACGUGCUCUGCUGCUCAAGUUCUGCACUGGGAGCUCAGUGUCUCCUUCCGUGGGCUUUGAAAACCUCCCUGGCCUCAGCUCCAUCUGUCGGUUUACGCUGGCGUGCACUCAAGAGGCAGGUGACGAUCGGCUGCCCACUGCAAGCACCUGCUUCAACCUGCUCAAGAUCCCCGACUACUCCAGCAAGGAGAUCCUGGAGGAGAGGUUCCACGUAGCGUUACAUUAUGGUAGCGAGGGCUUUUCCUUC